UAUUGAUUUGCGGCAGACGGAUACUCCAUUCGGAAAUUCGCUUACAUUCAGGGAAGUCUACGACAUCUAAUUAGGAAAAUAUUGGAGAAAUUCCCCGGAGUGAUAUAAAAGGCCCCCAAUUCUGAACACGAAAUAAAACCUACAACAUUUAGGUUGAUGACAAGAUAACAAAAAAACUCUGAAUCAAGAUCCAAUUAGCACUGUAAAUCUUGCAUCGUCUGGAACAAUAUACCGCUACAUGUCGGGUUUACUCAACUGUAAACGUUAUUUAAAUUACUGUACAUAAUGUCAAAAUCUUCAUCCAUCUGUGGUAACAUAACCAACAAAAUACAAUUCCAUAAGAAAUAAUGCAAGACACAAUCAUCAAAAUGUUUCUGCCAUUAUUUUUUUUGAUGCUGUUGAGUAUUAUCCCAAUUACAAAUGGUAUAAAUUCCGAAUACAAACACCGAACAAAACGCAAAGUCGUUUUUAGUAAAAGUAGUAAAUUUUUCUUUAGGUUGAACGGGAAGGAUAAUGUGCUGAAUUACACGGAAGUUUUUGCCCAUGGUUGGACUAUCAGAAUGAAUUACGAUUUGCCUGAAAGUAUACCCAGGAGACACCAAUUUUUUAAGAGGGAUGUUCACGCUGAAUUAGAUACUAUUACAGAUGAGUCUAUUCUUGGUGUGUAUUCUUGCGUUUUGAAAUACAUCUGUGAAAGCGUGGCUAAUUUAAAAGUGGCAGAUAAAUGCGGCAUGUUUUGCGAAAUAGGCAGCAUUAUCGCAAGGACUGCUACAAUGGAAUCAGCUUUUUUUAAAUCGUUCAUAGAUAAAUGCGAUUAUCAUAUUGAUAAUUGUCCCUAUUUAUUGAAAAACAGUGUUCUAGGAUAUGUAUAG